UCGACCCAUCGCUUCGCCGCCCAAUGCCAUGGAUGUCGUGGUUCCAAGCUGACGCAGCGGAAGGGAUCUGGAGGAGGUGAUGAUCCCGGCGGAAGGCCGGGUAGGCCGGCAGGUGAGCCCGGGCGACGAGAGCUAUCCGCUGGUGCGCCAGGAGAAAGGCGCGAAAGGUCGAGCAUGGCCGGAGUGCUGCUGUCGCCCCUACGUGCGCAGGUGUCUUCUCUUUGACCACAACCCACGCUUCGCGGAGUGUGCGGAACUGGCGGCGCGCUCAGCCUUCUCGCUGGUGAUCUGUGGAUUGCCUUUCUUGCUGCCUGCCGGAGUCGCGCCAAACUUGGACUCCUUUGUGGAUUCAGGUUUCUAUGCCGUGACCGUGGUGAGUUUUAUUGUGCUGCACAUCAAGACCAAUCUGGGCUCCACCAUGGCGGCCACCUGCAGUGGCCUUCGGGGCGUCGUGCUGGCGGUCUGCAACGCCUGGUGUAUGUUUGGCCUCUUCCCUGACGGUUACACUGAGGAAGAGUCGAUCUGGGUCUGGUGGUUCGGCUUCGCUGAAGGCCUGCUGUUUCUGAUCACCAUUGUGCACCUGAACUUCGACACAGGUGCCAUGGUCUUCAGCAUCAAACUCUUCAGCGGCUAUUGGAUGCAUUUCUUGAAGAUCGAUCAGGAGGGCUUCAGGACACCCUGGACCCCUGGAUUCAGUAUCUACAAGAACAAAGGCAUCCAAGACCUGACCAAUGUGGUGCUGGGAGCUUUCCUCACCAUUCUGAUCUUUCUCUUUCCGUAUCCUUUGACAGCGCUCCAAGCGGCCCAGGAGGCGGCGACGGUGAUGUCCCAUGAGGUGCCGUACAUCUUGAGACUCUUUGUGAAAUAUCUGGAAGACACCAAGAGCAACGACUACGAGCAGGAUCGCAUCAUGCGGAACAUCCGCCGACUACAGCGGAAAGGAGAUAGCUUAUCCAGCAACGUGGAGUACUCCUGGUGGGAAUGCUUCGGCUGGGGAUCCAGGCAAGCAGACCGCGUGGCGCUGCGGCGCCUUGAGAAGGUCCUGCGGGACUGCUACGACUCGAUCCACGGCAUUUGGUCCGUCUCUGAACUCCGAAAAGGGGAGGAGAGAGGCAAACAUCACCUGGCCAUGAUCGAAGUGAUUCGCGUCCGGUAUUUGCCAUUGCUGAACCUGGUGGAGGAGUUGAUCGAGCAAGUGGUCUUCGUGGGAAGCAUCACGCAAUUCAGCGACGCACAGAAGACAGAGGUGCUGCGCUUGAUCCAAGAAAUCCGAGCGGAGCAGGCCAUGUUCCGGGAGGCCAACGGGGAGAACGAGAUCGCCAGCAUCAUUCAGGAGUUGGAGGUGGUGCAUACGGUGGCCUGUCAUAUGAUGAUGGUCAUCAACGGCUUUGUCCGCUAUGCAGAGAAGACGAUGCAAGAGAGCAACAAGGCGAGCUAUCUCUGUGACAUGGAGGGCUUUGGGUUUCGGGACCUCUUCAAAGGGGUCACGAGCCCUGGAUGCAACACUCAGCUGUCGGCGGAGUGCCUGGGGGUCCGCUACUCCAUGCGCAUGAUCUUUUCGGUCCUACUGGGUUUCUUCACGGGCUACAGCGGCUCAGGCAUGGUGACUCCUGGAAGCCCUGCCAUCGCCAAAGCAACGGCCACACUUCUGAGCAAAUUCCCGGGGUCAGCGCUGGUAAAGAACCUCAACAGAAUCCAGGGAGUGGUGCUUGGCACCGUUUUUGGACAGCUGCUGGACACCAUUUUUCACCGUUCCACGGCAUGCUCCUACUUCAACGAGGUUUUGUUGGGCUGUUGCUUUGCCAGCUACAUUUUUGCGACGGUCUUCAUCCACUUCUAUGUCACAGAUUUCGCCAUCAUGGGCAUCCAGAUGGCCAACUUUGGUGGCACGGAAAUGAUGACAGGUGGCUGUGGCGAGAAGGAAGAUACUGGCAAGGCCUACAGCAAGAUCACCACCAAUCUAUUGGCCAUCAUCUUCAUAGUCCUGGUGGAUCUGGUCUUUGCCUCCGAGCGCGCCUCCGACAUGGCCGCGGCGAAAAGCCAAGAUCUUUGGGUCACCAUUAAACUCGGUGCAAUGGAUGUCUUGGACCCCGACAAGAAGGUGACGCUGAGUUCCGUGACGUUGGAAACGGAGCUCUCCCGUGUGGAGAGUCUGGGCCGCGAGGCCAGUCACGAGCCGCGCUACCAUCGCAUCGCAUGGCGGGAGCAAAUGUUUGACGCCACAUUGAAGGAAAUGCAGGAGGUGCGCUACGCCCUGUCCACCCUGGAGCGUAUUCUGGCAGAGAAUGGGCAGGACGGUGCCAAGAAGGUGCCCUACUUCCGCAGCACAGUUCUUCAGACCAGCGCUGUCCAGCAGUGGGCUGCGGUCCUCCGCGAAAAGUUCGAUCUGAUCUCUUCUCUGCUGGAGGUCUUUUCACAUGAGACCAACCAAAGAUGGCCCAUGCUGGAUGACGAGAAAGUCACCAAGCAGUUCCGUGUCGAGAGCGAAAAGGCCAAAUCCCAGUUGCUGCAGGAGAUUGUCCGGCUGGAGCUCUACAAGCAGGGACCGCUGGAGCCGAUGAACAACACCAGUUUCAGGGAUGAUCCCCUCUGCAUGCUGUCCAUCUUCCUGGCCUGUUCGGAUGCCAUGCUGGUGUCAAUGCGUCAGAUUCAACAUAACAUCCUGAGGCUCUAUUGAGGCCGCCCGCAACUUUACUUUUUCCUUUCCAUCAUCCAAUUUGGGUCCACUUAUCAUGGCCAAAGGAAG